GCAGCGUUCAUUGGAAAACCUCAACGCAGAAAAUAAAGAGAUAGAUUAGAAUAUCUUCAUAAUUUUAUCUCUGACAGAAAUAUAUUCCAGUCUUGCGGAAAAAAAUAUUAAUUUUAAAGGAUUAAUAUUUCUAGACAUUACAGCUAUGGGCCUACCAAGCGGAUUCACUGUUCUGCACUGUGUUGGGACAAUUCUACUAAGCAUUGGCGUUCUACUUCAUAUAGUUGGACUGGCCACGCCAAGCUGGUCUUCUGGUUCUUUCUCAGCAUCUUCACAAACUACAUAUGUCAGUGGGACCAUCAUGUACGGGCUGUGGAAGUUCUGCAUUGGAACGGACGCAUGCGUGGAGUUACCCUCCCAAAGAUUGACAGAUGAAUGGAGGGCUGCUGGUGCCUUCGCAAUACUGGGUAUGCUGGCAGGACUAGGAGCUUUAGGUCUGGCCUGCAUGUAUUUUGUUAUGCGUGUUCUGGCUAAGCCAGAUAUGAACAUUUUAAAAUUAAUAAUUCCGGCAGCUGGAAUCGUAGCACUCCUGUGUGUUGUCAUCAGUACCAGUUGCUAUGGAGGCGGCGUACACCCUAAAAUCAACAUGAACACAGCAGGCUUUACGUCUGUGGGCAUCGGGUACUCCCUCAUAUUGAGUGCUAUCGGGGGAAUCCUCAUCUGUGUAGGCGGGGUCCUGUUCUACGUAGCAGGCACGAGGAGUCCUCAAUAAAAUUACAAUGUCUCUUGUGCACAAUUAGUACCAAAAAUAAAGUCAUUUGGUGUAACUUAACGUCAUAAAUAUUAAUGAGACAUUGACAAGGCUGAACCUGAAUGUACUUGACACUUUGGUUUGAUAUAAGAUUGAUAGGUAAAUAGGAUGAUAUGCAUAAGCUUUUAUACGGUAUAUAUAUAUAUAUUGGUUGAUUGAUUGAUUGAUUGAGAGAGAGAGAGAACGAGAUAGAGAGCAGAGCCGGCCUUAUAUGAUUGGAGGCCCUAGGCGAAGUGACAUUGGUGGCCCAAAAUGAAUUAGUAAAAUAAAAAAUGGACAGCGAAUAAAUUAGGCAUAAUAUACACAGUUUAUUUAAAACCUAGCAUAUUUCAACCAUAACAUUUGGUACAAGUUUUUAUUUAAAAAAAAACUGUGAAGCCCUUACUAAUCGGAGGCCUUAAGCUGCUGCCUAGUUUGCCUAUGCCUAAGACCGGCCCCCGGCCUACAGAGACGGAGAGGGGAAAAGGAAGAAUGAGACUGUUUAAUGUUGUUGUAAAACAAUGUAAAGAUUUGUUUCUAAUUAUCUCACUGGCGUCACUAGAGGUCGCGGGACGCACGGGGUGACACCUACCUGGAGGGACUCACUUUCUCAAAAUUAAAUUUAAAUGGACUUGUUAUCUUCCUACAAUGAGAAAAAUAAUGCGUUGUUGAGACCAGGAGAAAGAGUUUCUGAAGAUAAAAACUGCAGAAAGACGCUAACAGUUUCACUGAUCAAGAAAAGAAACAACAUAAUCAAUAGAUGUUCUUUUUAAAAAUAUUUUCCUGGGGCGGGGGGUGACACAAAGAGCUUAUCGCACCGGUGACACAGACUCUAGUGACGCCACUGAUCUCAUGCGUUUAUUUA